AUGUACUAGUUCACCUUGUCCAAAAAACGAAGUAGAGAGCAACGUACAGGCGAACAGUUGAGAAGCUUUCGCCGAAGUUUUAUCAUUCCAAUGAAAAACAAAUGUCCCCGUAGCACAGCGGCGUGUCUGGCUGGUCUUCGAACGGGAAGUCAACAUGAAGCAGGACGUGAGGAUACUUUUGCUGGGGGAACCCAUGGUGGGGAAGACUUCCCUCAUCAUGUCCUUGGUUGGAGAGGAGUUCCCCGAGGAGGUUCCGUCUCGAGCUGAAGAAAUCACCAUCCCGGCUGACGUCACUCCAGAGAAAGUGCCCACACACAUCGUGGACUACUCGGAAAAAGAGCAGAGUGAUGAGACCCUUAGGGAAGAGAUUCUCAAGGCCAAUGUGAUAUGUGUAGUCUAUGAUGUCACCAAUGAGGACUCGAUAGAGAAGAUCAAGACAAAAUGGAUACCUUUAGUCAACGGCGAUGCAGAAAAAGGAAACAAAGUUCCAAUCAUCCUCGUGGGGAACAAGUCGGAUCUGCGCUCUGGCAGCUCCAUGGAAACCAUUGUCCCGAUCAUGAACCAGUUCUCUGAGAUUGAAACGUGCGUGGAGUGCUCAGCUCGCAAUCUCAAAAACAUAUCAGAGCUGUUCUACUACGCACAGAAGGCAGUCCUUCACCCCACCGCCCCUCUGUACGACCCUGAGGAUAAACAGCUCAAACCUCCAUGCGUCAGAGCGCUCAGUCGAAUCUUUUACAUCUCCGACCAGGACAACGAUCAUAUCCUCAGCGACGCUGAGCUCAACGCUUUUCAGAAAUCUUGUUUUGGAAAUCCGCUGGCGGUGCAAGCCCUGGAAGAUGUGAAGACAGUUGUGUGGAAAAACACUAGUGAUGGCGUGCAGGACAAUGGCCUGACCUUAAAUGGUUUCUUGUUCCUUAAUACAUUAUUUAUCCAGCGAGGCCGACAUGAAACUACAUGGACGAUCCUCAGGAAGUUUGGUUACGAUGACAACCUCGAACUGACCGACGACUACCUUUACCCCGCCCUCCGGGUUCCUGCGGGCUGUACCACUGAACUCAAUCAUUUGGGUCAGCACUUCCUGCAGCGGCUGUUUGAGAAGUAUGAUGAAGAUAAAGACUCUGCGCUGUCCCCAGCAGAGCUGAAGAAUCUGUUCUGCGCUUGUCCUUACAUGCCGUGGGGCGCCGAGGUCUACGCGACUGUCCCGACAACCGCCGAAGGUUACAUCUCCAAUCGCGGCUAUCACUGUCAGUGGAAGCUUUCUGCUUACCUGGACAUCCACCGUUGCCUGGAGCACCUCGGGUACCUGGGCUAUCCGAUCGUCACAGAGCAGGAAUCGCAGACUGCUGCGGUCACGGUAACAAGAGAGAGAAGCGACGACCUGGCAAAGUGCCAAACGCAGCGCUCGGUCUUUCUGUGCAAGGUGAUCGGACAGCGGGGGACCGGCAAAACGACCUUUCUACAGGCCUUCCUCGGCCGCAGCGCCGUGAACAACCCCGGUAGCGGCAACGGCGGCGCCUUUUCCCCCUUCGCCAUCAACACGGUCCAAAUCAGCAAUCAAGAGAAGUCCCUGAUUCUCCAUGAGGUGGACGUAGAGGCGGACUUCUUAAAGGAGUCAGACUCCCGCUGUGACGUCGCCUGUCUCAUGUACGACACCAGCGACCCGCAUUCCUUCGACUACUGCGCCAGCAUAUACAAGCAACACUACAUGGAGAGCGACAUCCCAUGUGUGUUGGUGGCCUCUAAGCAAGACCUGCCCGAAGUCAAGCAAUUCCACGGAGUUACGCCAGCCGAGUUCUGCUUCAAGCACAAGCUGCCUCCGCCGUUGCCUUUCUCCCACACAUUUCUCAAAUCUACCACCGAGAACAUCUUCACUAGACUUGCCUGGGCCGCUGUGUACCCACACCUGAACGGCUCAGGCAUGAGCAACACGUCCUUCUGGCUGAGAGUGGCGUUGGGCUCAGCUGUGCUUGCCGUUGUGGGUUUCACUAUUUUCAGAGUGGCUGUCAGACUGAAAUGAGCCCGAGACCCAGCUGAGUUUUGCAUUUGUUUGAUUGUUGCUCCGGCCAUACACAUUAAGACUCAUUAGUUGUGUGUUUUGGCACUGUCCUCGUGUCAAAACAGUGCUGAGAUCCUUACAAUUCCUUCUUUUGCCACAUGCAUCUUUUCUUUGCCUUACCUUUACCUGUUUGACGCAUUGAUUCCACAGAUGACAGUUUUAUCAAUUGGCUGUAAAUGAGAUUGAAAUGUUUUUACGUGCAGUGUUACCUAAGCAGAAUUCAACGGCAAUGCCAAAACUACCGGGCUGCAUUUCCAGCAGCUAUCUGGAGCCCCAGAGUCUUAAUUUUGACCACAGGAUGGUUACGCCUUACGUUUGCCUCGCUAUUAAGCUGCAACUAGUGAUAGCAUGUUAAAUGCACCUAAACAUUCAUACCCCUUUUCCCCUGAGGAUGUAUUCAAAUGACCUGGAUGCCCUUCUGUAUUUUUGUAAUAUUAGGUUUUUCAUAAAGAGUCAACUGUUCUUAACAUGCUCAAUAAAUGAACACAACACACCAUC